AUGGAGUUGAGCGCGAUUAUGGACGAGACGGCGAAGGGCAAGAAGCGAUCCAUCGACGAGGUGGUCCAAGAGGAAGAGAAGAAGGUUGAGGAGGUGGGCGAAAAGGAAGAGAAGCCGGAAGAUUCAACCGAUAAUCCGCUGUUGAAUCUCAAAUUUUCGGCCAACCAGAGCAUCCUCGACGAUUGCGAGCGUUGCAACGCCAUGUUCAAAUUCUAUUGCUACGAUUGCAUACUGCCCGUGGGCAACAUUACCGACCAGAUCCCCCACGUGCCUCUGCCGGUGAGCUGCGACAUUCUCUACCACCCCACCGAGAGACGAAGCAAGAGCACAGCGCUGCAUGCCAAGAUCCUGAGCCCCGAGCUGGUGUCGGUGCACACGUUCCCCGACCUGCCCGACUACAACCCGGACGAAGUGUUCCUCCUCUAUCCCUCCAAAGACGCGAAAAACAUUGAAGAUAUCGACGUCUCGAAGAUGAAGAAGCUGGUGGUGAUCGACUCCACAUGGCAGAAGGCCAAGACCAUCCUGCGCGACGAGAGGGUGAGCAAGCUGCCCUGUGUGAAGAUCAACAGCCAGAAGACCCUCUUCUGGAGGUACCAGACGGUGGGCGAGAAUUGCCUGGCCACCAUCGAGGCGAUCUACUACUUCUACCGGGAGUACUACCAGAAGCAACUCGGCACUUACAACGGACAGUACGACGACCUUCUGUUCUUCUACACGUACAUGUACAACCUCAUCCAGAACACGUACAAGCAACAGAACAAGAAGUUCAAGCGAAUCGAUGGCUGGCUCAAGGAAUGA